UGUUCUGACCAUAUCACCCUUACUAACUAGUCGUAAUUUCUUAAUACCAUUUUGACACUUUAAGCGUCUACACGGAAUACGCCGCCACCGCCGCCGUAUCGGAGCUCCAUCGGCCACCGCCUUUUGACAAACCCGCUAUGUUCCAAACUUUGGGGUUCAUAUGCAUGAACGUGUAUAUGUUCGUGUAUCAAAAAUGAUGGCUUAUAAAUCCACGAAGCGUUUAUUUAAUAACACAGAUUUGAGGAUUGUUAUCUCAAGGAAACAGGUGUUCUGUCAGAAGUUUGUGUACAAUAUUCUUAGCCGGUGUCAGUCACAUUGGUCCAAUUCUGAGAAGGCGUCCUAUAGUGGCUUCAAAGAGGGGAAGGUAAACUAUCAAGUGACAGAGAAACCUGAAGAAAAUAGCAUAGGCCACGGUCCUCGGCAAAGUAGUUUCAACGUUGUCAAUGAUGAUUUAAAUAGUAAUAAGUGGAAGUUAGAACUUGCUUGGCUCUCUAAAGCUCUUGAACCUGCUGUUCAACUAUGUAGAUCGGUUCUGCCAACAGGAAAUGUAAUCGGAGACAAACUUCCACCAACUAAUAGGUCUCUUGCAGAGAUAUUUGCCAGCAUUCAACGUAGUAAAUUGGGACUCCAGGAUUGGAGUCUAAGUGAUCUUACCAUAGGCUUAUAUCUCAUAUAUCUCCAGCAGGCAUCAACCAGUGCUGUUGAAGAUGUUAAGGGUGAAGAAAUAUCAUCUGAGCUGAUAGUACAAGAUCUCAUCUACCACCUCGAGCUGGCUAAGGGGUCUUAUAAAGCCAACCCUGCUGCUAUUGCUAGGAAUACUAUGCUUCGAGAAAGCAAUGUUAUCAAAUUCAUAAAAAGUUCCGAUGUGUUGAGGCCUGGAUAUUACAUGGGAAUUGACCAUCGGAAGAAACUUGUGAUUCUUGUAAUUCGUGGAACUCAUACUGUGUAUGAUCUUAUAACUGACAUUAUUUCUUCAAGUGAUGAAGAAAUCACAUUUGAGGGUUACUCUACACACUUUGGAACUGCUGAGGCCGCUCGUUGGUUCCUUAAUUACGAGCUGGACACCAUAAGAAACUGCCUGAAGAAACACAAGGGAUUUAGGUUAAGGCUGGUGGGUCAUUCCCUUGGAGGUGCAACAGCUUCAUUGCUUGCUAUCAUGCUCCGUCAAAGGUCAUUCCAAGAGCUUGGGUUUAGCCCUGAUAUUGUAUCAGCCAUCGGAUAUGGUACUCCCCCAUGUGUUUCUAAAGAACUUGCUGAAAAUUGUUCUGAAUAUGUCACAACGGCAGUUAUGCAGGGUGAUAUAAUUCCAAGGCUUAGUGUCACCUCUCUCACGAGACUUAGGAAUGAAAUUCUUCAAACUAACUG